GUGCUGUCACCUGGAUGCUUUCCGGCCUUUCGAAGUUUCUUACAGGGUGGUUAUAGCUCUGUAAUAACACAGAAAUACUGAGGAAAAUAAAAGCUGUAAUAAUAUGAUCUUCUUGUUUCUUGGGUUGAUGAAUGAUUAAAGAAUUAGCUGAACAACCUCAACCUCAACCAUCAAUUUUUUUUUGCGAUUCUUCCACACCCAAAUGCUCAUCUGUUCAAGAUAGCAGCAAGAAAUGGCUUCAACUGAAACUGGGGAAGAUAAUAGUGUCGGCAAGGUCAAAAGCCACGCCCCUCUUCGCAUCUCAACCUCGAAAACGAAUCUCGUAAUCGAACAAGAUAACAAUUCCGAAAAGGGUACCGAAAAUGGCAAAGUUUCUUCGCCACUCUCGAAAAGACUGAACUUCCUCAAAUUCGGCAAACUCGACUCCCCCUCCGCGAAAUUCUCCCGCAUCGCCAACGAGAGGGAUGUAAUUUCGCGCACGAUCCCCUCCUCCUCGUCCACCAGUCUCCACAUACGCGAACGCUUCAACAGAGUAUUCUCCCGUAAGAUCGAUUUCACGAGCCUCGGCAAAAUCAGCAAAGAAUGGAUACGGAACCCGAUGAACCUAGCCCUCUUCAUAUGGAUCGUCUGCGUAGCGGUUUCCGGCGCGAUCCUCUUCAUGGUCAUGAUCGGGAUGCUGAACCACGCCCUCCCGAAAAAAUCCCAACGGGACACUUGGUUCGAAGUCAACAACCAAAUACUCAACGCGCUCUUCACCCUCAUGUGUUUAUACCAACACCCCAAAAGAAUAUACCACCUCGUCUUACUUACUCGAUGGACCCACGAAGACGUCAUCAAGCUUAGAAAAGCCUACUGCAAAAACGGGACCUACAAACCCCAUGAGUGGGCCCACAUGAUGCUCGUUGUUCUCUUACUUAACGUAAAUUGUUUCGCUCAAUACGCGCUCUGCGGGCUAAAUCUAGGGUACAAAAGGUCCGAUCGGCCCCCUAUCGGAGUUGGAAUAUGUAUAUCCGUUGCGAUCGGAGCCCCGGCAGUUGCGGGCGUUUACUGCAUGCUUAGCCCGCUCGGGAAAGAUUACGAAAACGACCUCGAUGAAGAAGCGCAGAUUGUCGACGUUAGUAGUAUUAAUAGGAGAAGAUCGUUCGAGAAGAGAUUCUCGUUCGCAAUGAGGGACGAGGGUAAAACGGUCGAGUCCGCGCCGUUGUGGAGCGGGGGCAUUUUGGACUUUUGGAACGAUAUUUCAUUAGCUUAUCUCUCGUUGUUUUGUAGCUUCUGCGUGUUUGGUUGGAACAUGGAGAGGCUAGGGUUUGGAAAUAUGUACGUGCACAUCGCGACUUUUCUUCUUUUUUGCAUGGCUCCGUUUUGGAUAUUUAAUUUGGCGGCCGUGAACAUCGACAACGAGACUGUGAGGGAGGCGUUGGGUGUGACGGGAAUUUUUCUGUGCGUGUUCGGUUUGCUGUACGGUGGGUUUUGGAGGAUUCAGAUGAGGAAGAGGUUUAAUUUGCCGGGGUACGGGUUUUGCUGCGGUAAACCGGCUGUGGCUGACUGCGCCUUGUGGCUGUUCUGCUGUUGGUGCACUUUAGCGCAGGAGGUGAGGACUGGGAAUUCUUAUGAUAUUGUCGAGGAUAAGUUUUGUCGUAAAAGUGGCCAUGAGUUGACUUUGACCGCGUUGAAGUGCGAAGAUGGCGAGUUUGAGGACAAGAAUGUUCCGGAAGAAUCUGUUGUUGGUAAAGAUGAGACGAUGGUGGUGCCGCCUGGUACUUCGGCUAUUCGACGAGAAGAGAUUUAAGGGGGGAAAAAGAAAUGGAUGUUUCGAUUUUGAAAUUUGUGUGCAAAAUUUGUAACGUUGUUAUUGUUGAUUUUUGUUAUCCAGUGUAUAAUACAUUUUGGUUAAGUGUUAGGUUUUAUUCUGAAAAAAACAGAGGCUAUAUAA